GGAUACGACAUCCGCAGAGACAUGGAUCAGAUCCGGUCGAGUCUCGGCAUAUGUCCGCAGUUUGACGUCCUGUUCGACGAGCUGACAGUCGAGGAGCACCUGUCGUUUUACUGUCAACUGAAAAACUUUGACAAAAACGAUAUGCAGAAUGAGAUCAAACGUAUGAUUCAAUUGCUGGGACUCGAAGACAAGACACGGAAAGCCUCGAAGACACUGUCCGGCGGACAGAAGCGAAAACUGUCGAUAGGGAUGGCACUGGUAGGCAAUUCCAAGAUCGUCAUACUGGACGAGCCCACGUCGGGUAUGGAUGUCUACGCCCGGAGGUUCACAUGGGAUCUGCUCUUAGCCGAGAAGGCCGACCGAACGAUACUCCUGUCGACACAUUUCAUGGAGGAGGCGGAUAUGUUGGGCGAGAGGAUAGCCAUUAUGGCGAACGGACAGCUCCAGUGUUGCGGAUCACCCCUGUAUCUCAAGAAAAAGUACGGCGCCGGCUAUCACAUGACAAUCGUGAAGACCAGUGACACCACGGAUGUCGCGCCCAUCACCCGUCUCAUCCAAUCGCACGUAAUGGACGCCAAGUUUGACAGCUCGGCGGGCACUGAGAUUAGCUACAAUCUGCCCGACCAUCACAGCAACAAAUUUGAGGCCCUCUUCACGAAUAUCGAGCUCCAGAAGGGACUGUUGGGUAUCGACAGCUACGGCAUAUCCAUCACCACUAUGGAGGAGGUGUUCCUGAAAGUGGGCGAGUAUGCGGAGGAAGGCAUGAAGGCGUUGAAAGCGUCCCAAAAACUGGACAAUAAGAGUGAGGUAUCACUGAAUCUGGACCUCAAGAAUGACGAGCGAAACACCGGUUAUACACUCAUUGGACAACAAUUUUACGCGCUUUUAAUGAAGAAAAUAUUGUAUACACUGAGGAACCGGACGCUAACGGUGUCCCAGUUGCUGAUACCGACGUUUUUCGCGCUCAUUGUGCUAAUAAUGCUCAAGAAUUUGCCAAAAUUAGGCGAAUCGCCGGAACUGCUGUUGACUUUAGACAACUAUAAGGGCACAGAAGUGCCGUAUUUUGUGAACAACAGCACCGCCGAUGACAUGAUAGACAUGAUCGGCGCCUAUAAAGACCAGUUUGGGGGCCGGAAUCGGAUCUACGGACAUACAUUCAACACCACAAACCUCACGGAAUCAAUGGUCGAGUACACCCUGACAGAGGCCCAGAAAAACAUCGCGUACUUCAACCUCCACGUGCCCAUCGGGGCCAUGAUAUGCAGCAAUGAGCACAAGAUGUGCUCGGACACCAUGCACGAGGAGGGUCUGGUGGUGACCGCCCUGUUCAACAACCAGCCCUUCCACUCGUCGGCUAUAAGUUUGGCGGCUGUCGACUCGGCUAUUGUGCGAUAUAUGAUCACAAACCCCAACUACACUGUCGAGGUGUCCAACCACCCCUUACCGCUAACCACGGCCGACAAACUACUUCAGGUCCAGUACGCGUCACCCGAACAGUUCCAGUUGUCCGAGAAUCUCAUGUUUAGUAUGUCUUUCCUGGCGGCGAGUUUUGCCGUACUUCUCGUCAAAGAGAAGUCCAUAAAAGGCAAACAUUUACAGCAAGUCUGUGGCGUCAAGUUAUACCUGUUUUGGAUCACGUCAUUCAUAUGGGACUUCCUAAUCUACAUUAUUGCAUGCCUGGGCGUUAUGCUCAUGUAUUGGCUUUUCAAUGAGGAGCCCCUCCGGUCGGCCGCACAGGAAAGUCGACUAUUUGUGGUGUUUGCGGCCCAUGGGUUCGCGUUACUACCCAUGGUAUACCUACUGUCCUUCAUGUUUGACGUGCCCUCCACGGCCUACGUCCGCAUCUGUCUGUUCAACAUAAUCGUGGGCAUCGGGACCUUCAUUACGGUAGUGGUGACCGAACUACCGCUCCUGGACCUGGCCAGUGUGGGCCGGGUACUGGACAUGUCGUUCAGCAUAUUUCUACCAAACUAUAACAUGGGGAGGAGUGUCUACCACCUGUACACCAACUACUUGGGCAACAAGUACUGCAAUAUCGGGCCCCUCCAGAAGGCCUGCAAUAUGGGUACAGUUAACGCCACGGAGUUCAUCGAAAUGGUGAAGAAUGAGUUCAAAGAGUUUUCAUAUCUGUUCGAGGAUUACCUGGAUAGGAUUCCCCAGGGCAUGAACAUUACGAUACCGGUGCCCGACGUGAUUAAGCCGUGUUGCAAAGACAAAUGCGGCGACACUUGCUUCCCAUGGAGUGACAACUUCUUCGCCUUUGAUAACCCGGGUAUCGGACGCCUACUCCUGCUGUUCGUACUCCAGGGCCUAGUCUUCUGGGCACUGAUCGUAUUGGUUGAGCUGAAUGUCAUGCGAAACAUCCGCUACUCAUUCACGCAACUGAAGGCAUCGCUAAUGAAUAAGUUUGGAUCAAAUGAGGCGAAGAAUCUCGAGAUGAACGACAAGAUCGACGAUGACGUGAAGCGCGAGUCCGACCGCAUCGACAACAACGACAACCUCCAGAAGCUCUUCGAGUCGGACGCUAUGAUCAUCAGACGGCUGACCAAAACGUACGGCAACUUCACGGCCGUCGACCACAUCUCCUACGGUGUGAAACGGGGCGAGUGUUUCGGUUUGUUGGGAGUGAACGGCGCCGGAAAGACCACCACUUUUAAGAUGAUUACCGGCGAUGAGACCAUAUCUAGCGGUGAUAUCUACGUGAAUGGCUGUAACGUCAAGAGUUCCAUACAGGAGGUGCAGCGCCAGAUCGGCUACUGUCCCCAGUUUGAUGGUCUACUGGAGCAGUUGACGGGUAGGGAAACUCUGAUCCUGUUCUGCAGACUUAGAGGAAUAAAAGAGUUCGAUAUCGAGAGACACAUCCAGGAGAUCAGUAAACUGUUGUACUUUGACAUGCAUUUGAAUAAACUGGUGAAGAACUACAGCGGCGGUACCAAACGCAAACUGAGUACAGCUGUGGCUUUGUUGGGCAACCCAUCGGUGAGCUUCUUGGACGAGCCGACCACUGGCGUGGAUCCAGUGGCCCGAAGGUGUCUGUGGGACGCGUUGACUAAGAAGCUAUCGGAGGGCCGAUCCAUAGUCUUGACCUCCCAUUCCAUGGAGGAAUGCGAGGCCCUCUGCAACCGACUCAUAAUUAUGGUGAACGGCAGGAUCUGUUGCAUCGGUAGCCCUCAACAGCUGAAGAACAAGUUUGGAAAGGGAUAUACCGUACGGAUCAAAGUGCUGACCGGCAAUCAAGAUGUUGGUGAGGCUGUGCCCGAUGGCCAGCGCCGGCCCUCGAAGCUCGCGUGGCGUCAGACGAGUAUCGUCUCCAACGAUAUAGUGUUGGAUCAGAACAUCAAAGACAUGAAGGACUUCAUGGAGAAGUCGUUUGUCGGCUGCGAGCUGAAGGAAAUUCACUACAAUCUGUUGAACUACUAUUUGAAUGAUCCGGAUCUCACGUGGGCUCACAUUUUCGGGGCCAUCGAGAGGGCCAAGAAUACCCUGAAUAUCGAGGACUACUCCGUGGGUCAGACCACUCUCGAGCAGAUAUUCUUGGGAUUCGCUGCCACUCAGAAGGAGGACAAGGAUUAAGUGAUAAGAGUUUGUAUUAAAUACAUUUAUUGAUAAGAAAAUGUUAUUUAUUUUUCUCGAUAUAUAGUCUAUUUAUUGAACAUAUUUAUUGUGGUUAUCAUUAAUACCUUGAUAUGUAUGAUAUACCGGUGAUUAACUUAAUUUUUAAAUAAUCCAUUUUUGCUAACAGAAUAUUCUGUUAAACGUGUG